CCGCUAGCCGAGCGUCGGGGGUUCGGGCCUAAAACGCCCGAUGGCGUGGCCCUCUUUAUCGCGACGCCAGAGACGACGACGACAACAACAAAAAGACAACGACAACAACAAAGACGGGACGUUUGAUCUCGUUUCGUUUGUUUACGAGUCGCAUGUGAGAGUAUAUUAUAGGCGUCGUGGCGAUGGUUGAUAUGUGUAUUGGAAAAUGUCCCGUUGUGCGGGGAAUGCGAUAAUGUAUUGUGGUAACGAUCUUGGGUCACGUACAGUAGAGGCACGGGGGGGGGGGGCAGACGGUCGCCUUUGUAUUUGAAAAUAUUACAUGGCACGAUUUCUGCCAUGUAAUAAAACAAGAAUACGUGACCCCCCCCUCCUCCUCUCUCGUCCAUGUCUUGUGCCUUUGUUUGCGAUGCGAUGUGUUAACAAUAAUGAAAGGCCCACCCAAAUUUGUGGCGUUGUUUUGGACAUCGCACCUGUUUACAGUGGAAAUUUGUACAAAUCUGGGCAUGUUUUUUUUUCAUGAACCAGACAGACACAUUUUUGCUGUGCGACAUGUUAAACUGAUACUUUUUCACCUUGAUAAAAUAUGAAUGCUCGUAUGAAUAAAACCUGGCCGCGUGUUGGACCAACGUUAUUUUCAUAUUCGUUACCGAGCAGUAGGUUAAGAGUACAUGAAUGUAAUUUGCUUAUAGGGCUGAACGUGUCCACUAUAAUAGAGGUCCCUUUUCAUUAAUAAUUAGAGCGAUAUGACCUGGGAAUUUAAACACACUAAGCUGAACAUUCUUUAACCAGGACAGGUUUGCAAGUAGGGCACGUGUUGGUCCCGGUGGAGUUAUUUGUGGAACAAGAUUUUACAAAUAAAAUUGUGUAAAAUAACCUGCGCUGCUCGCAAAAAAACUGCCUAUUUACUGAUAUGGCAUGCGGCGAGUGAACAAGCUUGGCCAGUAUCGGCUAUUGGUACCGUUCAUCUUUAUAAAUGUCAUUUUUUUUUCAAUCGUGCCGCACACUGGACCGUACACGGCCUCAGUCAAACAGGCAGCGGACGUGUUAUUGACGGCUGCGUAAAUGGAGAUUUUUCUUAAAGCAAACAUUUGCGUACUCUUUCCUUCACGUGUAUUUAUCGGUUUAUCGUACAAAUAUCCACAAAAGGAAACAAUGUAAUGAUCGGUAUAUAGUCUAUACAAUUAAUUUAAAAUCUACGUGAGGCUCGGAAUUACUUGGUUUGUCGCCCUGGGUAAGUACCAUCGUUUUGUUUUUGUUAUGGGGGGUGACGUUACAAAUUAGGUAGACGGCACAAUGACAAGAUGUUACAUAAGCGUUACAUGCCAAUGAUGUGCUUCAUCGAAAUACUUACCUGACGUGUGGGGAAAUCCCUUAGACAUACAAGAAAGAUAAAAAAACGUAGAAAUCAUUUUGGCAGGGACUUUUAAAACAAGUUUAUUAGUCACCAUAACUGCCAUGCUAUCCGUAUCGUUUUCGACUACAUCCGUACCAGUUUUUUUCCCAUGGAAUUUGUAGUCUACAAUUUGUCCAUUUGGCUUUUUCUGGCAGAAACAUAAAUAGAUGUUAACAUUUAUUUAGAGCUAUAAGCAUAUACAUUGUAUAUUUAAGCUCUAUCAACCUUUAGGUUUUGAGCACGGGUGGGUGGGUUAUUCGUGCUGUGCGGCCUUUAACUCAAUUAAAGUUAUCUUGAUUUUAAGACUGUCCAUCCAUUUUAUAGCCUAUAAAUAUUGAAAGGCAAUAUCACUACUAUGAUUAUCAAGUGUUGUCAUUGCUAGAUUUUGUUACUCGCCUAAAAUCUCAAUUGAGGGGUCUGAUUGACUCCUGUGAAAUUAGGAGAUGUAUCAAUUGCUGCAGCAAUGUGUGCGAUUCCCAAACUUGCCGAUUGCUGUACAUAAUUGAGUUUAAAAUGGGUCCAUGUGUUAAGUGUUUCCAGUUAGCGAGUAGUGCUGUCAUCACUCCGAUCAUGGGGCCAAGAAAGGCUCAUUGGACUUGCCGAAACAUGUCUGCGUUUGAGAUAACCCCCUGGAAGUGUUAAAAUGUGGUUCUUGUCCUGAUGACUCUUGGCACCAGUUCAAUUCCUGCUUUUAUUUAGACCAACUCUGGCUAGAUCCCGUCCUUUUUUCGUACCAUACAAACUCUGUUGGACAGUUAGUUAUAUCCUAGGUUGCUUGUCCAACUUAGCUGUAAUGAUGAAUGCUCUGAGUGGGCCAAUCAUGGAUGGGUUUAAUUCCCUGGAAAAUGGAUAUCAUGCUGUUGCUGUAAUCAUAUUCCGUGCCACAAGCUACAGAUGUUACUUGAUCAGCAAAGUUGCAAGACUAUAUGAAGAGCAUUGGGGCUUUUGUCACGGUAUAUUUGCAUUUGUUUCUAAUUAAAUGGUAAUAUUGAGGAAGUUGAGGAUAAAGAUUAGCUUGAUACUUAUAUAUACAGUACUUGUUUCUUCAUUUCUUUCUUGACAGUUACGUUUUGAAUUUACAAUCGAGGCAAAAGGGUAGUGCCAAAAUAACGUGCCAUGCUUUUUGUGUUUAGUUGGUUGUCCUUCCCCCACACCUCUGAUUAGCACGAUUGGCUACGUAAGGUGCAAACGAAGUUUAACAUUCAUAUAUAAUCAUAUGGAGAACUUGAUCCUGGCCUAAGUAGGCAUUGUGUUGGAAAGCCAUCUUGAACAAAAAUGGUGUGCUUCAAUCGUACUAUUCAACAUGCAGAAUUUCUUGCAUUAUUAUUUUAAAGUAUUUAAUAAUGGUGCAUGAGGAUAAAAACACCUUAAAUGUGUAUAACAAUAUUGUAUUAUAAAAUAACUGAUACAUUAUUCCAUUGUAUAGAUAUGCAGGUGUGUUGAUGUUGCAAAAUAGCCUUGUGAGUAACUUUUAGGGCUCAUGAUUCAUCUUAACGCCUCUGCAGUAGUAUUCUGCCCAAGUGAGUUGGAGGUUGGUUCAUCUCAAGGAUCACAGAUCACAUCCCUGACCCAGUCCUUCGUCCUUAAAAGUGAGUAGCAUUGCAAUGGCAGGCUCUUCCUUUGGAGGUGACGCCAAGUCAUUUCACCCAUCCGCUUUUGGACUUUAAAGGUCCCCUGACACUUUGCACAGUGGAACACGGUGUGCUAGUGUGACCAAAUUAAGCAUCUGCCUUGAGUCGUUGUUCUCAGGACUUACAUGCAGCUGUGUAUCACUUAAUGACACUACCCAUUUACGUAAAAAUACUACCUGCCGCUAUCCUCUCCAAUCGUAUGUUGUCCUGAGGCACUUUGCAUCGCUAGCUGUUUGUCAAGCAUGCCAGGCUGUGUGGUGCCUCACAGAAAGGUUACAGACAUGAGUGAGUCCACUCAUGGUUCUGCUGUAGUGCAAGGUAUUCUGAUUGUCCAGUGAUAUUCUUGGUGCUCCAUCUGCACCACAUGAGUCGAGUUAUUGGUGUCUCCUUUGUGAAUUAAUGUAGCUGUUGGAUAGUACCUCUAGACCGUAUUAAUGCUUACUGGUUCACUUGUGUGCUUGCAGAUUACUCACUUUUGUCACAUGGCAGUGGUGUUGUUCAUUGAUGUAUUUGCUGGGGCAGAUUGAUUUUAGCAAAGGUAACAUGGCUGUCCAUUAAUAGGUAAGCUUGUCUGACUCUCCUUCAACAUGAGAAACUAUGUUCAUCCAUCUAGUACGAAUUUGUAACAAUGACUUCCCUUUCAAACAAAUGUGUCAAUGUCAAAAAGGGUACGAGUGUUUUUACCAAGUUAUGCCGAAUAUGAAUUCUGAAAAGUGUGCCUGUCCACACAUGCUGGUUUGAACGUGACAAUUAUUAUACCAGAUUGUGCAUUGCUUCUUCUUGGAAUAUUCUUGCCAAGAUGAUGAACAAUUUUAGACAAUAAGUAUUUGUAUGUAGGAAUAGUUUAACCCAAAUGUAAUGCUUUUACAAUUAUCAUUUUAUCCUUAUUGACACUGCUGUACUUAGUAACAAUAAAGUAUUUAAUGGUGCUGCUUUGUAGGCAGAACCAUAUUAAUGAUAUAAUUGCACAUUCUUUAUUCAACAUCAUCCGGGCUGUUUAAAAAGGUGGUAAUUUGGUUUAAUUUGUUACCUAUAUACAGGGAAGUCUAAUUAAAGUGCAGAUAGCCUGUCCACACAAGCAAGGGCCCGUUUUUUUAAUGUAAUGCAUUGAAGCAGAGUAGCUCCAUUAAACCAUUUAUGGCCCCGUUUUACAAGGAGGACCUGUUUUGUUAUGACCCUCUGCUUAGUGUGCCAAAACACUCGAUUUUUUUUAACCCAGCCUCUCAGAACGUUAUUGACACGUUGUACCAUUGCUUACACAUGUGGUGGCAUAUCACCUGUUACAAUUUGAAGUCGUAGCCUUUCUGUUAUUCUAUCCCGCUGUGUGUGUGUUUCGUCUAGCAAAGAAGAUGUGAAACAUUGCUGGCCCAUUGUUAGUAUAGGCCUGUAUGGGGGAUGAAGCAAUAUUUUCAAAAAUACUUGAGAAAAUUUAAUCCGUGGAGUGACAAUUUGUUUUAACAUUUAAUGAUGCAAUGAUAACUGAUGUAAAAUGUUGAAACGUAUAUAUCAGAAUCUGUAUUUAGACUGGAGGAAUCCGAUGAGCUAUGAAGCUCUUUUUCACAUGUCCAGAAGAGACAUAUAAACAUAUACCCUAUUAUGUAUGCCUUUACAGCUGUACUAAAUCGGUGACACUUUUCAGUAUACAGCAAUAGUUACAUUAUCAGCAAUGAGAGCACUUAAACUUCUGGGUAGUAUUUAUUGACUAGUUAAUUAAUAAAAUCUAAUUGUGGAAAUAGCUUAUGCAAGCACGUGGGAAUAAAGCAUAUCAUAUUACGCAAAUUUAAAAGGGAGAUAUUUGUUGCUGAGUGCACUAACUAAAUAAUAAUGAAUUCCAAAAAAACCUCUUCAAUGCUUCCAUUGUUUCAUGCCGAUCCAUUCUAAUUUAGUAAAUAAGUUUUUCCCUCGUGCUGUCCGAAUACAAAGAAACCAAUCGCCACCAGCAUACCAGAAACAAGAGUACAGUGUAGGACCACGUGACUGAUUGCCGUGAAGAUAGGCGUAAAGAGUGAAGAAGCUUCUUACUCAAGUUGGCCAAGCAGACUAAAUGUCUCCUUAAUAUGUUUCCACGUAAAAAUAUAUAAGGGUAUUUUUUUUGUAAACCCAUCAGUCCCAUGGCCUUCUAGAAAUGAAUAAUUUCUGCAUCAAUGAUUCAAUAGAAGCAAACUCAGGACCAGUUUUAACAUACCGUCUCCCAUCAGGCUUGCUUGAUUAAAUGCUGGUGAACUACUAAAUACUAAAACAACGGGGGGGGCUAUUUAAGAUAUGUGUCCAAGUUCGACGCAAAAUGUUAUAAUACAUAAUUCAGCAUAAUCGUUUGCGUAGUUGUGGAGAAUAAAAGGAUAAGACAAUGUCUCCUUAAUAUAUGUCCUUUGACAUAUUUUUAUUUAUUUUAAACCCCUCGUGACCCCACGGCCAAGUUCGAUUGAAUCAAAAGGUGCAUACAUCUAUAGCCAUCGGUAAUGCAGUGUACUGAAGUGCAGCAGCUAUUUUAUUUGUUUGUGGUAGUUUUUUUCUAAUCCUUUACUUUUUUUAUUUUCUCACAGGAGUGCCAUACCAUCCGUUGGACCCCCACAGGCUUACACUACCGGUGUCCAUGAAUCAACACAGGAUGCCGUCCAAUAGUCGGGCGGGAAGCCUUCGUGAUCCGGAGGUGGCAGAGCUCUUCUUUAAGGAGGACCCUGAGAAGCUGUUCUGCGACCUCAAGGAGAUUGGCCAUGGCAGCUUUGGUGCAGUCUACUUUGCACGAAACAUCCACACCAGUGAGGUUGUGGCUAUUAAGAAAAUGUCCUACAGUGGAAAACAGUCUAAUGAGAAAUGGCAAGAUAUCAUUAAAGAAGUGAAGUUUUUGACGAAGUUGAAACAUCCCAACAUCAUUGAGUACAAGGGUUGCUACCUCCGUGAGCACACUGCUUGGAUGAUAAUGGAGUACUGUCUUGGAUCAGCAUCUGACCUACUUGAAGUGCAUAAGAAACCUCUGCAGGAGAUUGAAAUAGCUGCUAUUGCUCAUGGAGCCCUCCAGGGGCUGGCUUUCCUACACAACCACACUAUGAUCCACAGGGAUGUUAAGGCGGGAAACAUCCUCCUUACAGAACCUGGCCAGGUUAAGUUGGCAGACUUUGGCUCGGCCUCCCUCACUGCACCCGCCAACUCCUUCGUGGGAACGCCUUACUGGAUGGCUCCAGAGGUGAUUCUCGCCAUGGAUGAAGGCCAGUACGACGGCAAGGUGGAUGUGUGGUCUCUGGGCAUCACGUGUAUAGAGCUGGCUGAGAGGAAGCCCCCACUGUUCAACAUGAACGCAAUGAGUGCCUUGUAUCACAUAGCGCAGAAUGACUCUCCCACACUGCAGUCGCCCGAGUGGUCAGACUACUUUAGGAACUUCGUUGACUCCUGUUUGCAGAAGAAUGGACAGGAUCGACCCACUUCUGCCGGCCUUUUGCGACACGCUUUUGUGAUGCGAGACCGGCCCGAGUCUGUACUCAUCGAGAUGAUCCAGCGCACCAAGGAUGCGGUGCGCGAACUGGACAACCUGCAGUACCGAAAAAUGAAGAAGCUGCUCUUCCAGGAGACUCAGAAUGGUCCGUCUGCAGAGCCACAAGAAGACGAUGAGGAGGUGGAUCCGUACCUUCACCGCUCGGGCACGGUGAGCAGCGUGAGCAGCACGCAGUCCAUCCCCAGCACGUCGGUGAGCGCUGGCAGCCAGGGCAGCAGUGUGGCCAGCAUGCCGGAGGCCCCCGACCCCGAGGGCCACCUGCACAUGAUGUAUGAUGACUGCACUGUGCUGUCCAGCAACUCGGUCAUUCACGUGACGCCGGAGCAGUACUGCCUGCUGGAGGAGCGACUCCGAAGGGGCUCGGACCCAGACACGUCACGCACCCCUCCACUACCACCGCACCGCGCUAGCCAACAUCACCGCCACCACAACCACAACCACUUCCAGACGAUUCGCACAGCCUCUGUGGUGACGCGGCAGAUGCAUGAACACGAGCAGGAGAGCGAGCUGCGCGAGCAGAUGUCGGGCUACAAGCGCAUGCGGCGACAGCACCAGAAGCAGCUGAUGGCGCUGGAGAACAAACUGAAGGCGGAAAUGGAUGAGCACCGACUACGCCUUGACAAGGAGCUGGAGACGCACACCAAUGGAGCUGCCAGCGACAUGGAGAAGCUGCUCAAGAAGCACCAGGCCCUGCUCGACAAGGAGGUGAAGGCUGCAGGGGCAGAGGAAAAGAAGUUCCAGCAGCACAUCUUGUCCCAGCAGAAGAAAGAACUCAACAGCUUCCUGGAGGCACAGAAGAGGGAAUACAACAUGCGAAAGGAGCAACUCAAGAGGGAGUUGAAUGAGAAUCAAAGCACACCCAAGAAAGAGAAGCAGGAGUGGCUGUCCCGGCAGAAGGAGACGAUUCAGCACUUCCAGGCGGAGGAGGAGGCUACCAUGUUGCGCAGCCAGCGUCACUACCUGGAGCUCGAGUGCCGGCGCUUCAAGCGGCGCAUGCUGCUGGAGAGGCACAACCUCGAGCAGGGUCUGCUCCGAGAGGAGCUGAACAAGAAGCAGAUGCAGAAGGACUCGGAACAUGCGAUGCUGCUACGGCACCACGAGGCCACCCAGGAUCUGGAGUUCCGUCACCUGAACACGGUGCAGCGCAUGCGCAGCGAGCUGAUCCGCCUGCAGCACCAGACGGAGCUCGCCAACCAGAUGGAGUAUAACAAGGGGCGUGAGCGCGAGCUACGACGCAAGCACGUCAUGGAGAUCCGCCAACAGCCCAAGUGUCUCAGGGUAAAAGAAAUCCAGAUCAAAAAGCAGUUCCAGGACACGUGCAAGGUGCAGACACGGCAGUACAAGGCUCUGCGCAACCAUCUGCUGGAGACCACGCCCAAGGGCGACCAUAAAGCCGUGCUCAAGCGCCUCAAGGACGAGCAGACGCGCAAACUCGCCAUAUUGGCAGAGCAGUACGAGCACACCAUCAACGAGAUGAUGUCCACACAGGCGCUCCGCCUGGACGAGGCACAGGAGGGCGAGUGCCAGGCCCUGAAGGUGCAGCUGCAGCAGGAGCUGGAGCUGCUAAACGCCUACCAGAGCAAGAUCAAGAUGCGCACAGAUGCGCAGCAUGAGCGUGAGCGCAAAGAGCUGGAGCAGAAGGUGUCCCUGCGCCGCGCGCUGCUUGAGCAGAAGGUGAAUAUUGAAGAGGAGAUGGUAGCUCUUCAGACAGAGCGUUCAGACAAGAUCCGCUCCCUCCUGGAGCGCCAGGCUCGCGAGAUCGAGCUCUUCGACUCAGAGAGCGUGCGCCUGGGCUUCAGCAACCUGGUGCUCUCCAACUUGCCAGCCGAAGCUUUCAGCCACAGUUACCCGGGAGCCCAGGGCUACUCGGGAUCCCAGUCAGGCUAUGGGGGAGCUGGUGGCGGCGGCGGCGGCAGUGGUGGCAGCCGUGCGGGCAACCCUGGCAUGAGAAACAGCCCCCAGCCCAUGCGGCGCACGGCCUCCGCAUCCGGAGGACAGGGCGACCGUGGCAUGAGUCGCAGUUCCAGCGCCUCUUCUCAUUUCUCCAAUGGAUCCUACUACAAUUAGCAUGGGUGCCACCCCCUCCCGCCCCCCGGGUUGUGUGCUUGCAUACUGCCCGUGGCUCCCACUCUGUCCCCUCCUUCCCUCCCUCCACGUCACAUCGCCACUGAGCCAGACCCACAGGAGAGGAGCCGGGGCAUGAGCACACGUGUUUGUUACGACUCAAGAUGGAAAGUCGGACUUUAUGUUUGCACCACAGUCCCAUUUUUUUAUGUUUGCUUUGGUGGUGUUACCGACGACCGACCGUUUAAGCGUGGGAUUGUCAUUGUAUACAUUUGGCUAAUCUGUCUUCAUAUUUUUGCAUCUCCUGCCUGUGGAAGUCAGAAUUUGCUCAAACCCCCAAUUUAUUGGGAUUUUAAAGCCCUUAUUGCUUUUAGCAGUCUGUCAAUAUUUUAUUUGCCCCACAAUUCAUUUGUCUUUACACUUUGGAUUAGGCCAAAACUAGAGCGUAAAACUUGCCUCGGGUUUUUAGUUUGGCCCAACAUUCUUGAUGGAUCCAUGGCUAUGUCUAAGGCUUUUUUGUUAUUUUUUUCAAUAGCCCAGGGUUUGUAACAUAAAUGUACUGCAUUACAAACAGUGUUGGGGCAGCUGAAUUAGUUUUAAGUUUUUAUACAAAGUAAUAGAAAUAUGAUUUUUGUUUUGACUUAAGACGUGCUGUUAGGCACUGGCUUGCCUGUAUAUAUCUGCUGCCAUUCUAUUACGUUUACACCUUUUGGGUUUUAAACUGUGAAUAUGUCACAAUGCCCGGAUCUGUGAUAUCACUUUAUCCACCGUGUACAUCCCUUGUCAUCUAUUGUUUAAAUUCAGUGGAAUAAGCUUACACAUAAAUUACAUUGUUUGCAUGAUACACUGAACUAUUGUCAGCAUUACAGGGUUAGGUUUUGAAGAAAAAAAAGGUUUGUGCUUAAAAACUACACAACCCACAAGGCUAUAGGACACUUGUGCUUGUUCUUCCAUACUCGAACAGCAUUCCUCACUGAACAUUCAUGGUAGACAUAAGCAGAGGCCCUUGCUGGCAGAAAGACAGAUGUGUGGCCAUCGUUUAGAGCCAUGCUUUUUCAGUUCAGGCAAAGAAAAUCGGAGAAUUGUGCUUACAUCCAAUUGUACGUCGUUGUGUACAUGUGGAAUAUUGUGAGAAAAUGUGGUAUGUUUUCACCAUGCAUAUUUUUUUGCGCACAUAGUAUCACCUCUUAUCAGAAGUGACAUUUGCAGUAAACGUAAUCAUGGUUUAUGGUUAUAAAAUGAGAACAAAGGUUUUAUUCAACACGCUUAUGCCUAGAGCCUUCGAGCAUGAAUAGGGUAAACAUGCGCUGGGCAGUUUGGUGUAUUGUAACCGUGCGUCCAGGUGUUGGGCACAGCUGCCGCCUCGAGCUUAGACGCGGGUGCUCUCAAUCAUAUCACACGUUCACUCCCGCAACGGGAGGGAAUGCUUGUAAAGAACUGUGCCAAGCAUCCUGAAAUACCAGAGCAGUUAAUGCAUAUGCUGCCAAAUAGGAUCACCUCUUCACAGGCUUUGUUAAACAUUUGCCGUGCCGGUGGCUAUUGCAAGCUUGCGUGUGUUCAUGACUUGUAAACUGGUCGGUAGGAACGACGCCUGCUCUUUUAACAUCGCAACCAUCUAGUGGCCUGAUUGGUUUCAAUGUGGUUUCUUCAGUGGUGUGUCUAACAAUGAGUACUGCAUUUUAGGGCCUCCAUUUGUACUUGCAGCAUCGCAAAGCCAUUUUACGUAAAUUGAUAUUUACAGUUUAGCAGGUGACUGUGUUUCGUGUAUAUUUGGAAUUAAAUUAGAUGUUAAGGAGAAUAGUGUCUUCCCAGUUAUUUUGUAAUGGGCACUCCUUUGCUGGAUUGCUUUAGAAUUAAUGUAAUGAGAAUGUGAUGUAUGUUAAUGUAACUAAUUAUACUUAGGUUUUGUAAAUACAUUUAAAGAAGUGACUAAAUAUUUCUUAUUUAUAUGGCAUUUAGCUGUCAUAAAAAAUAUUUUUGGCGUAGCAGAAGGCUCAAAUGAAAACAAAGCACAUUGGAGCUCAACUGUCCAAAUUACAAUCUUGUUUAAAUUUAGCUAUUUGUGUCAGGUGCUGUUAAACUGGAUGCUUUUUUAUUUUGAGCUGUGCAUCUCAACAAGCCUUAGGCUUUAGUUUUUCCUAAGCUGUUGCCUAGCCAGAGGUGGUGUCUCACCAGGCAUGUUGGUGCUAGGAUCGAUUGCCUAUGCCGAUGUGAGGUCCCAGUCAGGGUUGAUGCCAAGUGCGUGUUUGUGCUUAUACAGCUUGCCUCAUCAUAGUUCUGGCCAUUCUAGGUUUAAGGCCUGGUAAGAGCUCAAGCUUAACCAUACUUUGAGACCCAAGCCAGAGUUUGAGAUGGCCGACACCAUGUUUCACUCUUCCUAUGUACAUUGUCACGUCAUUUUAGAUUUGCUUUUUUUCUGUUGAAAUGUCACAGUCGGUGUAUUCUAAACUCACUUAUAUUUGAGUAUAGUAUACACAAGAAUAACAUGUAACCUUUAUUAAUACCAACAGAUAAAUAUACCGCACUGAUUAACAUGGUUGGCUACGUUCGGUGCAAAAGAAGUUAUACAUACAUACAACACCACCAAAACCAUGAUAAACGUCAUAGACAUGCCUCGGUACCAAAAUAAUGGGAGAAACAAGUACUUAUAUUUACUUACUGUUCAUGACUUGGCACCUGACCAGAUUCAAAGCCUGGGGGGGGGGGGGGUAUUGAGACACGAGUUUUGAAUCAGGAUCUAACUAGGAUACAGGCUUCGCCAAUGAAGGUAGCAUUCUGCCAGGGUUCUUGAGAGAUGGCCAUUUUUAGUCUGGAUUAGUGCCUGAGCAACCAUUGAGCCCUUAGGCUGCACCGUUUCGUUCUUGCCAGAGCUGAUAAGGGUCUGGCUGAGUUAGAGGAUUAGCCGGAGUCGGAUGCUAAUCUGAGUGUGAAGCCAAACCAGGAGAAAAAUUGUGUUCUUGCCAGUGUUGAGCGUUUAAACCAUGCUGCUUGUGGUUUGGCUAGCAUUGGUGUUUGCCAAAAAAAUGGAUGCAAAUGUUACACACCUUCCUUUGCAAUCCCAUGUAUUUACUGCAGCCAGGGUUGAGGUUAGUUCUUUGGGUGCCACAGUUGAGCCCUAAUUUGUUGACUCUUGUCAUUGACCAUAAUCCAGUUAACACCCUUGCCAAUCAAAACAGUAAAUGUGUCCAUACGGUGUGCAAAUGAGUUGUAUUUUGGUUACUUGGAGGCUUCAUACAUUGUGCAAUUGCGCUGUAGAAUUGAAGCAGGUGUAAAAAAAGAAGUAAAUGCAUAAAUGUUCUUAACUUUAAUGCAUGUCUUGUGUUACUUGAUAUUUUAAUUUCAGUGUCAACUCCUUGAGAAAUUCAGAAUGUGCAGAGAUCUAAGUUAAUGUAAUAUUUAGCCUACUACUUUAUCCAGUUGUGUUUUGUUGUUUCCAGGUGCGUUUAUAUUUUGGCUGAGCCAUGGACUGCACAUGCUGGUUGCUAAUUAUACAGCAUUCUAAAAAGGCACCCACAGCCACCAUUCUGCACAGCAUGCAUUUAAAAGCUUUAUACAAGCAUACGGUACCAUGUGUCGCGUUAUUCAACUGUCAGGACAUUAAGAAACAAACGUUGAAAAAGGGGUAAAAAUAUAGGUUACAGUAGAGCAGUACAAGUGGGGUCUGUGACGCUGAGUAAAAAGGUGUUUUGCACACAGUGAGCAAUGUGAUCGGUAUUGUUGCCGAGAUGUUUAUAUAUCUCUUUGCUGAAAAGGUGCGCAUAGAUUUGUAAUGUCCUGCAGCUUUCAAUUAAUCCCUGUUCAAAAUAGAAUGAUAGGCAUUAACAUCAGGAGCUGGAGCCUUGUUGAGAGCAGUGGUGAGGUUUAGGUCCAGCUAGGAAAAGACUUGUCUGCUCUAUCUUAACCACGUCAGGUGUGAUUAAUUCCAGGUACAUACAGAAUAGUACUAUACUUGUCUUUUCUUAAAUUAGCCACAUGUCUUUUCGAGUAAUACAGCGUGGAGAAGGUCAUGUUCUGAACCGGAUUGCAGCCAUGCCACUGGUUGGUCGUGACUGAUGCUCAGAAAGGUAACCUUGAUAAACAAUUGUGAUGCCGUGAUAGUAGCAUUCAUUUCUUAAGGCACGCCACUGUUUAGGCACAUGCACAGGCCACAUGCAUGUACUUUUCUAUAGAAUACAUGUAAAAAAAGAGGGCAGUGAUGUAACAACAGGGUCCCUACCAUUGUUAUCUCAAGGAGUUACAUGAAACAUCCUUCAGUUAUAAGAGGAAAGCUUUAAACAUAUAUAUGAAAUAAUGAGCUGAAACUUGACAUUUGAGCUUCAACAAGUGUACGAGGCACACCGACAGCUGGUGUGCAAUACUGUCACUCAUGAGAUCUCUCAAUUGUUUGAGAAUAUAAAAACACACAUCUUGACAUCAGGCUGGUUUCUUUAGUCAUUAUUUCACUGAAUGCACACUACACAAAUUUGACCGGGCCUGCAAUUAAUGCAACAGUCUGUGCUGAGUGAUCCCUUUGAGGCACCAAAAGGCGGGGGGGGGGGGUGUCCACUGAGCAUCGGAGCACAACGGCACCACGUUUAGAACUCGGAAAUAACACGUAAAAUAUUGCUGUUGCACAUGGAAUCUAUUGAGGCACAUAACGAAAAAUGAUCAAUGUAUCCAUUUCCGACGGUGCGUGCACUCCUUGGUGACUCAAAUGCCCCGAGGCGACCCUCCCACCACCACCACCCCCCUUUUUUCAGUGCAGGCACAUGGGGGGCGGGGGGGGGCAUAGCUCUUCAGGGUCGUGGCACCGUUAACUGCAGCGUGUUCUGCUUAAUGUGGGUCGUAAAGAGUUCCUCGUGUGCAGGUGUGAACUUACAGCAUCGACGAUAAUUUUGUGGGAACGUUUAUGGCACUAAAGUGGAGUGCCGCGUGUGCAAAAAGUUAUCGGAUUUGAAAGAGGCACACCGUUACGUCACAUCACUCGCACACGCCUCUUAACAUCGCAACAUCACUGACACACUCCAUCGCCCUUCUCACCCAGGGAACCAGUUAAACAGACUAAAGCAGAGGUAUCACUUUUACUCGGCGUCGGCUUCAGCUGGUUUGUUUAUAUUGUGCUUUGUGUUUCAAUAUCCACCGUCAGGUUUCGCAGCCACCUACGCGGGGCACAGGUAAAAUAAUUCCGGUACUGAUCGUAGUUCAGUCCAAUAAAAUCCGCCGUAAAAAAUCAGGUAGUACGGAUUUCGCAUUUAGUGAUGGGUUUGUUAAUUUAGCCUAUUUUCUCUCCACCGUUUUAAUGAUAUGUACACUAACACGCACACAAGCUGCAGCCCUCUAGUGCAUGAAACAUUGCAUCGUAUGGGGUAUCGAAUUCUCUCUUAAUACAAGCGAAUGCAGCCACGUGCUUUACUUUCUCCAAUGUGGCAUCUGUUUUUUAGGCCAAUGUUGACGCUUGACUCGCAGCAAUGUUUAUGCUUAGCAAUGUUUUAAAUCACAGAAAUGGAGUGAAAAAAAUAAGACUGCUAAUUUUUGAUCACUCAUGGGACACCCUUUAGCAAGAAUGUGUAACUUUAGACGCAAUCCAUUGUCUCUCCAUGCAAUUAUUGUAAAUUGGAUUAUGAGCAUAACUUUUUUUUUAAUUGGUACAUGUGGAAAUAUGGUCUGUGCAGCGUGCGAGAUCUUAAACUCUUCCCAAACCUCAUUUAUAAUAUUGAUACAUAGUGUUGCAUUUUUAAAGGGGAAACAAAGUAUUAUCAUUUACAAUGCAUCGAUGGGCAGCUGCAUGUCGUGUCUGUGAUAUGCCCAGUGCUCCAAUAUGCACAUUACCCGGUGGAAGAAAUUCGUUUUCUGCCUUUAGCCCUACUUUUUUUUUGCUAAACAUUAAUUGACUGUUGGACCGUGCAGUGUUCUUCGUUUUGAAUUGCAAGUGUUAUUAUUUUCAGCUCCUAAGCAAGUAAAAUAGAUGGGGGAUUUACAAAACUGGGACUGAACGGAACUACGGGUUCUCUUAACGAUGGGAUGGCCAUCGCGCUUGCAUCUGGGUCGUGUCGAACUAAUCUUUGCACCAUCAAUCGAGCGCUUGUUCCACGAGACAAGUGUGCGGGUUUGUGACUCGGGACGGCUUCCUGUACCCAGGGGACGCAUAGGGGGGCAGGCGGUGGCCUCCCAACGAAAGAGCGGUCGGGUGGCCCUGCCAGUACGUGCGCUUGCGUCUUGCACGCCAACUUGCACUCGCAAAAUGCGCGCCCAUCUGGCAAUGGUUUGUUGACAAUGGGUGGCGUUUCCAUGAGUUCAAUAACAUGUUUUGUUUUCAUUGGCAUUAAAUCAUUUAUUUAAAAAAAAGAAGUUUGGAUCUCUGUGCUGGCCCAUUUCCUUUGUCGCCGGACAUUGCGCACCGAUGUUCAUUUCACGUUCGUCCCGUGUUCUGUAUAGCUCGCUCUUCUGGCAAGCGGUUCCUUGACCAAUUUCUCUACACAUUGGUGUUCUUACAAAUCAAAUUAUUGUUUUGCCACCAUCUCGCAUAGCGAAUCUUAGGCGAACAGGUUUAUCACUUCCUGUUGCAAUCGUAGUGUCAUUUACAGCUUUGCAAACUGAACCGUUACGCUUCUAUUAUAACUUACUAAUAGUUAAGGCUUUGGAUUUUUUUUAUUGGUGUUACAGAGUUGUGGGCAAAGGUUGAAACUGAAUUGGGAUGUGUACAGUAACUUAGUUGUGAACUAUUAACGCACAGUGGAUUCUUAUUUUUUAUUACGAUUAUGAUCGAGGCGUUUGGUCAUGCGGUCCAGUUCAGCUGAGCGGCCGUAAGGAAAGGCUCGGUGUUUUUUGUUUGUUGCUGAACUAACUUUACAGUAUUUGUUUUUAUUAUUUAGCGCUAAUGUUAUCCGAGAAACGUGAAUUCUCGCCGCGUUUUACUGCAAUUAAUAUUUCACAACUGUGUUAAUACAUAAUAUAUUGAACGGGAUGGGAUACACCUAUUUUGAUUAAAACUUGGUUCGAAGUUUUAAAGUUCUGUGCAUAUAGUUAUACGGUGUAAUGUAAAGUGAGCGGAAAAAAAAGACCUGCACAUUUUAAUAAACAUUAAAUCUCACAAAAGGAACCACUUGAGCUGAUGUACUUGUUUCUUCAGGUGAAAAAUACUCAUUUAAUGUGAAAUACGUUUAAGGCAAGAUGAAUUAACUCUACAGAUUAAGAUAAAUUUGGAUUGCUUGUUCAAUUAAGCGCUGUUAUAUACAGGGCUCAUGGGAGAGAAAAAACUUUUCGCCUCUGUGUGUGGUAGUCGUGCGUUCUGCGGGCGAUUUCCCUUGUAAAAAAAAAUGCAUCUUAAAAUGAAUUUCGCACCCACUCCAGGGACGACAAUUUGCGAAAGUAAACGAGCGCAGCGUACCGUUUUUUUUUUAUAAAACAGUUAAGUAUAUGCUGUUGUGUAGAUGCGUACAAGUAUUUCCUCGACGGUAUAAAAUAUCCCUGUCACUUGUCACCGUGAGAGUUACUUUUGGUGCGCGUCUCUCAAGAACUCUGUGUGUGUGUGUACGAGGGACACGCUUUGGCUGCAGCGGUGUGCUAUGGUAUUAGUUCUGUGCUGUAGUUGUACUUCAAUACGUCGUGCUGUGAUGAUAACCCUGUGAUAUAUAGACGCCGUUUGCUCAACUGGCACGACACUGCUAUGCAGGAUGGCCAGACCAGCAUCUCCCAUUGUUAAUUCCGCGCUCAGACAUCUCCCCCCCCCCCCCCAUCUUCACGCCACCAGCACACACUCCCAAUGCUUCAUGUCAUUCCACAUUUUUUUUUUAAAUCACUCGCACUGCACGUCUCCCUAUGACGCUGGCGUGGAAGUGAUUGUUAUCCUAAUUGCGAACUCUUUACAUCCAGAGUAACCUAUACGGCCGACUUUUGCUGUGGCGGCUCGACUUUAGGAUUGCAACCGCAAUCAACCCAUUGUCCUGCAACACACAGGCUGAUAAUAUAAUUCGUGUACUGUCCUGGGAAGGAGUAGAGCUAUAAGCCAGAUGAUCCAGGGCAAUGUUUUUCAAGAGUUCUCGUGAGCUCCCUAUCAGCAGCUUGCGCUGAUGAUCAAAGCAAUCAAGAGCUUUGUGUAAAGUGUGCGGAGGCUGACAUUGCUUCUGAACAUCAAAGAUGAGCAGAAAUCCGCACCAUGGGGGGUGGGGGUCACGAGAACUCAAGAUUUGAGAAACGCUGAUCUAAGAGGAGGGAUCCGCACUCUUACUUCUCUGGUCGUGGCCCUGUGUAGCCGAUAUGAUUUGUAUGCCGUGCAUAGUCGUACGCACUUCACAGGAGGUUGUCCUGUUGGUUAAUAUUGCUAACUAUUGAGGUGUGCAUGCAUUGUUGUAAAGGGAUCAUUAUUAUGAGCUGGUGUUUCUCAUUUAUAUGCAAGUUGAAAAGCAAAUCUACUGGAGGUGGUCAAAAAGAAUGAGGGUGGUAUAUUAAAAGUAGGCACUUUUUAAAGGCUGAACUUUACAUAAUGUAGAUGUUUUAAUAAGCAUAAAGGAAGAGGACAACCAUGUUUGUGAAGUCUGCCUUAUCGUUUCUUUAUACGUCUGUUGAGGAACAGUUGUACUUUACAGAAGUGAAUUCUGUUUUCAAUGUAAGCGCACAUUUUAAUUGUAAUAUACAGGUACAGGAAGAACAAUCCGUAGCUUUGUACUGUACUGUAUUGGUCGCAAAUGAAAUGUGGGUUUCAAAAUAUUGCUAGUGCUAUGUUGAUUUUGUUAGCGACUCAAGUCUCAAAAUAUUUGACCACCCCUUGUACACAACCUAAUUGUACUCUUCCAGGUGGGUUUUCAGAAAGACUCUGUAAAUAAGAAUUAUCUAAUAGGCUUUGCUUUGUACAAUGAAAGUUUUUAACGUUGCUUGUAUUAAGUGAUACGUGAUGAGUGUCUAUCAAGUGCCACAACAAUCGAUAUUUUUCAACAAUGUUACCAGGACCACGGCUCGGCUAGGUAAUGUCAAAAUAACACCCUCUAACUUUCCAGCAUUUUUCCUAAUCACUGCCUCCACCCAUGCAGUUGUCGUAAUGAAGUGAUUGUGUGGACGUGUGUUAAAAGGCGCAAGGCAUUUGUGCAGACCGAGUCAAUUUGACCCUGCCAUGUUACACAUGCCACACAGAACGAACCCUUGAUUUUGUAGCAUUUGUCCAUUGGCUUAUGGCCAGUGUGGGUUAAAUGCACGCCUCUGUCCGUCCUUGUUAUCCUUUGGACAGAACUUGGUUUGGGUAUCUCAGAAAAUGUGUACUUGCAUAUUUCUCCUCUGCGAUUAUAAAUCUACUCUUAUCAGGCAACAGUACAACCUGAUUUUUUUAGGGGUACAUUAUACAUAUUCAUUAAAAACAUUGCAAAGUUUUGCAAAAAAAUUACUUAAUACGACAUUCAUGGUCACAUUUUAUAACUGUAUAGUUUAUAAUGUCCUGCUUUGGGUGUAUACUGUAAUGGUCUCUAAUAUGGCCAACAUGGUUGUAGCUAUGCUUUCAAUAUAACGUUAUCAAUUAACACAUUUUUUUUAAUGUGAUGUUGAGAGCGUAGUUUGCGAUUAACUAUUGCCAUCUAGUAAACAGAAGGCAUCUGAAGCGAAAGCGACUUCAACUGUUACUUAAAUGCUACUGGAAAUGCAUUAAAAUGAAAUAUCUUUCAUGCA